UCAUCGGAUUAUGAACACCAAAUCCACUUCAGGACAGAUACGACUAGAUUUGGACACCGGGUGGCCAACAAAAAGCGGUCAAUUAACACCGGACAGGGAUGACCAUUGGGCACAAUCACCUCCCGGUGCCCAACACUUCUGGCGCAUCACCUUUGCUAUAGUGAUGGCCCCGUUUGCGUUGACCGGUGCCCCUGUAUUUAGCGCAGCGUCACAUAGUCUCUACCCUAUCGACACUACCGGCAAAUGGCUGCGGCAUAUAUUUACCAAUAUCAAUUUAGUGCCGAUUACUAUUUUAUCGCUGGGCGAUAUCGCAAACACGCUUUUGUUUGUGGGAGCUUUGCCCAAAAACGUUUUGUUCACCAUAGGCGAUUUGUGCAAUUUAUUGCCCAUAGCGCUUCCGGUCACCCUAUUUUGGUUUAACGCUAUUCAUUCAAUCAGCUACUCGACGUACGACUGGAGACUCAAACAUGGUAUCACAACCGAGAGUAAAUUGGAAUUUUUUGGUUACAUUAUCGCUACCACAUUGUUGUUUAUUGUUUAUCUAACAUUCGCCUCGGCCAUACAUUGCAAAUGUAUCGAGUUAAAUGAAUUUAUAUUGAACUCGGCCAACACAGCACCAGACGGAUCGGUCGAGUUGGGUCGAUUGCGCGAAAUUAAGCGCAAGUUCAAAACAAACGCCGACAACAUAGUCGCUAUCAAUAAAACGCUUAAUCUAGUUAUGUCAACAUUUAUCAUCACGUUAAUUAUCGAAAUGUUCAUCGACUCGAUUAACAUAAUGCUUUUGUUUUCUGCCUAUUGGGGCCGCCCAGUGACCAGUACACUUGGCCCCGUCACGGGCGGCGCCCACACAUCUGUGCGACACUUCCGUUUACUCAAGUAUUACAUGUCGGCCCGUUUGGAGAGGACUGAGACUCCGGCCGUACUUUGCAUUUCAGUCUUCUUGGGUUACAACUUCUUAAGCCAGAGAUUCACCGCCAGAACCAAUAGUCGGCGCUGGGGCGGGGAAUGUCUGUGCGGAUGGGCUAACCACCGGCGGGGGUCCGCCCCCAUAGGCCUCAACAUUAUUGGCCCGACCGGUAGAUGCGGUUCGGAUCAGGAAUAUGGCGAUUUGUCUUCAAAGAAACGGCUUACUGGCGCCGCGAAUGCCAGGAACUCUACAAAUGUGGGCCCCUCUAUGCUUAUGAUUAUUACGGAUGCCACCCUGACAUACAUUUGCAUGAGUGCUGGUGGAAUGCACCAUGGCCAGAAUAUUGCAAUGAAUGCGUUGAUAAAAAGCACGAGACCCAACACCGUGCAAAUGCGUGUGGCCCACAACUCCAGCCACACUAAUCAUGGUACAUUAAAAGGUGUUCAAAAAGUUGAGGCUGGAUACAGUUACCGUCAAUUUUUGGGUAUACCAUAUGCGUCGGCACCAAUCGGC